AUGCGUCGUCAGUGCUAUGUAAACGUCGCAAAUUGGGAUACAUCGUCGACAGAAUGGCAUCAGCUUUUGCUCCAGCUACCCGACCACGAUCAAAAGCAAGUGAUGCGUUAUGUGUUUGAGAAGGAUCAGAAAUUGGCUCUUGGCAGUCGUUUGCUGCAGCGAAAACUCAUCCAGGAAGUAUCUGGACUAAAUUAUGACGCCAUCAAAAUUGCACGCACGCCAGAGAACAAACCAUAUUGGAAUCGUGAUAGAAAUAGUCUUGCACCUUUAUUAUGGAAUUACAAUGUCUCGCAUCAUGGUACGAUUGUGGCAAUCGCGAGUGAUUCUCGUGCUUUGGUUGGCGUAGAUGUCGUGCGGCUCACUGAUCGCCCUAAUCAAACAACAUCAAUCCAUGACUUUAUUCGAGCUUUCAAAAGUCAUUUUAAUCCAAGAGAGUGGAAAUAUAUUCGCGGAAGCUCCAUUGAGGAAGAGGAUGAUCAGUACAAGCGAUUCUAUCGACUGUGGUCACUCAAGGAAGCGUAUAUAAAAGCAGUUGGAGUUGGAUUGGGGUUCUCUUUACUACGUGCUGAAUUUAAUCAAGUAAAAUUGGGUCGAGAUGAUCAAUGGAAUAUCAUUUUAGACGGACAGCAAUCAAAUGACUGGCACUUUACAUCUACACAAGUCGACGAUGUGCAUUUGAUAAGUGUCGCUUACGGACCAUUCUCGGCAAUGUGGAAGCCCGAGACCAGUUCAAUUUUUCCUAUUGAUCCAUUAACUGAUGAGCAGUCUGUUGCUAGUAUUGAGCAGAAAACAAUCUCAUGGCAGGAAUGGACAUUGCAGAAUUUAUUACAGUAA